AUGGCAUCCACAUCAAAGACCCCGGCCCCCGAGCCAACGCUCUACAUCGACGGCAAAUGGACCCACGCCAAGCAGGGCCACACUCGUCCCAUCAUCAACCCCUUCGACGGCUCCACCAUCACGGUCAUCGACGAAGCAGGUAGCGACGAUGCACUCGCCGCCGUCACAUCCGCCGCGCACUUCUUCCGCACCUCGGCAUGGCCGCAUCAGACGUGCACCGAACGCACGCCUCUGCUCUCUCGAGUAGCCGACCUUCUGCAGCGAGACAAGCAGAUCAUCGCCGAGAUCGAAACACGUGACACAGGCAAGACGCUAGAAGAAAGCAAGGUCGACGUGGACGACGUCACCAACGUAUUCCGCUUCUACGCGCAAGAAGCCAACAAGCUCGACACACCCAAGAAGAUCGUCUCGGAUGUGAUUCCGGAUACGGUCGAGAGCAGGACGACGCACGUUCCCGUGGGAGUGUGUGUGUUGAUCGCACCGUGGAACUACCCGUUGCUGCAGAUCUGCUGGAAGGUGGCGCCGGCGCUGGCUACGGGCAAUGCGGUGAUCAUCAAGCCGUCCGAGGUGACGCCGCUGUCGACGGUGCACUUUGUCAAGCUGCUGGUGGAGGCGGGUGCACCCGUGGGAUCGGUUCAGCUGCUCACUGCUGGUGGAGCGUCGGUCGGUCCUACGCUCACCGAACACGCCGAUGUGGAUCUCGUCUCCUUCACCGGUGGCCUCGACACGGGUCGUCGCAUCAUCUCUUCCUGCGCAACCACGGUCAAACGAUGCACCGUUGAACUCGGCGGCAAAAACCCCAACAUCGUCUUUGCCGACUGCGAUCUCGACUGGGCCAUUGAUACCGUCACCACCGCCGUCUUCCUGCAUUCUGGUCAGGUGUGCUCGUCGGGAGCGCGGUUGAUCGUGGAAGACUCGAUCGCGGAUAAGCUUGUCGCAGGGGUUGCCGAGCGCGCCCAACGCAUCCAGAUGGGCAACGGUAUGGACCCUGCAUCCGAGACGGGUCCUCUGGUAUCCGCUGCGCACCUCUCGAAGGUGGAGGCGUUUGUCAAGCUGGGCAAAGAGGAAGGAGCAAAGCUCAUCUGCGGUGGUGCACGACCCGACGCCAAAACCCACCCGGAGUUGGCGAAGGGUUUCUUCUUCUGCCCAACGAUCUUCGACCACUGCAAGCGGGACAUGCGCAUCGUACAGGAGGAAACGUUCGGACCCAUCCUGACUGUAGAACGUUUCAAGGAUGGAGACGAAGAGCAUGCCAUCUUUUUGGCUAAUGAUACAAAGUACGGUCUAGCGGGAGGUGUUCAGUCUGGGGAUGAGGGGAGAGCGAGGAGGGUGGCAAAGAGGUUGAGGCAUGGAACGGUGUGGGUCAAUUCGUACGGCUCGUACACGCCUGCUGCUGAGUGGGGCGGAUUCGGCAUGAGCGGUAAUGGCAGGGAAUUGGGAAGUAAAGGGUUGGACGAGUAUGUCGAGACGAGGCACGAGUGGGUAGAGACCAAGCCGACGCCCCCGGGAUGGUUCAAGGGUGAAGGCAAGGUGUUGGUGCCUGCUGGUGGCGUCAAAGCCAAGUUGUGA